AUGACUUCGGAAACUGGAGCCACUAGUCCGGUCGGAACUCUACCUACAGUUAUGCCACCUUCGCGAAAGAGGUUCACAAUUUCCGUCAACCUACACCGUGUCCGGCAAUCGUGUACGCUCCAAAAUGCAGUGCUGUGCAUCGGAAUCUUGAGCAUUGGGCUCUACGUUUUUGAAGCGGUAUUGUUCUCAACGUUCGUUAUCUACGAUGCUGCGAAUCCCACCGGUUCGCCUCAAGAUUCAUGGGCGCUUUCCGUGUCCGUGAUGCAGGUUGUGCAGGGAGUCAUCGGCGCGGUUUUGAGCGUAUGCCUGCUACAUGGCACGAUCAAAGAGGAAGGCCGUUUUGUUUUUGCAUGGCUCCUCUGUACAGGUCUCGGCGUGGCUUUUCUUUUCAAAUCAUGUGUCAUCGAGACCUUGGCGAUCACUGCUCAAGGAGCUGAGGGCAAAAUCGACGCUUUGACCAAAAUAGCCGUCAAAUGUCUCAUCCUCUUCAUCGAGAUGUUCUUCUUCAUAGUCGUGCACGCCUACUACGUCCGUUUGCGACAGGAACAGGACCCACCUCCAUACGACACGAUCGCUUGAAAAAAGUGCCAACUUCGACCGCGAAUCGAACCGCACCACCACUGGCGAUGCCGAGGCUCUUCGCAAAGACCCCUUGAAGGAAGUCGGCAGCCAGUUAGUCUAGCCUAACCUUGUGAUACCACAAUAAGUCAUUGAAUAACUAGCUGUGUAAAUAUACGUCAUAGACUUCCCCAAGAUCGCUUAAAGGUUUCGAAUAAUAAAGUGAGAAUGGGUU